AUGGCUUCCUUUCUCUACUUGCUCUUCUUCUUCUUCUCUCCCUUCUUGUCGUGCUCACUGGCCUCUUCCCCAUCUCCAUCUCCGUCGAGCUUGAUCCAAAGCACCUGCAGCUUGACAUCCAACUACGACUUCUGCGUGGCGACGCUGCAAUCCGACCCGCACAGCCUGAAAGCCAACGACGUCAGGUCUCUAUCCACCAUCGCCGUCACGAUGGCUUCCGCCACGGCGAAGAGCACUUCGAGGUACGCCACCGCCCAGGCCAAGAACGCGACGGAGGCUGCGGCCGCCCGGUCGGGGUUCCGGACCUGCGCCGAGAAGUACAGGUACGCCGGGGAGGCGCUGCGGUCGGCGCUGGACUCGCUGGCCGGGGAGAACUACGACUACGCGUACGUGCACGUGAGCGCGGCGCAGGAGUACGCGAGCGCGUGCGGCAGGCUGUACCAGAGGAGCUCCGGCGUGGCGUACCCGGACGCCAUGGCCGAGAGGGAGGAGGACCUCAAGCGCUUGUGCGGCACUGCCUUGGACAUCAUCUCUCAGCUCGGUUGA